UAAUUGCUGGCCACAUUAACACCCUGCAAGCCGUGCGUCACUGUACAUUUUCUUCCAAUUCCUUGCUUUGGUAUUUCAAUGGUGAUUACGUACGGAUUAGCUUAUGAAAGAUCUUCCUUAUUCUGAAGACUCUUAAAGGAGAGAACAACAAUGGAUCUCCUCAGUGCUGCUGGACGUCUCAUGAUAGUUUCAGAUCUUGAUCUUACAAUGGUAGAUCAUGAAGACCCAGAAAACCUAUCGCUUCUCAGGUUUAAUGCAUUAUGGGAAGCAUGUUACCGGCAAGAUUCUCUGCUAGUUUACUCCAGUGGGAGAUCACCUGCAAGUUAUAAAAAAUUGAGGAAGAAUAGACCCUUAUUGACCCCUGAUAUAACCAUAAUGUCUGUAGGAACAGAGAUUAUGUAUGGUGAAUCGAUGGUAAGAGAUGAUGAGUGGGAACGAUAUUUAAAUCAGAGGUGGAACAGGGACAUUGUCAUGGAGGAAACAGCUAAGUUUCCCCAACUUACUCCUCAGUCGGAAACAGCACAACGACCUCUCAAGGUUAGCUUUUUUGUGAAGAAAGAUGUAGCUUCAAAAGUAAUGAAGGCACUUGCAGAGCAGCUAGAGAAACAUGGAGUAAGGAUAUAUAUGUUGAUCCAUCUGUUAUUCCUAUAUCAAGUUUUAUAUCAAAUAUUAGAAGUAAAAAUUGUCUAUAGUAGUGGGAUGGCUCUGGACAUAUUACCAAAAGGUGCUGGCAAAGGACAGGCGCUUCUAUAUCUGUUCAAAAAGUUUCAUGGAAAUGUCCCUGUUCACACUCUUGUCUGUGGCGACUCUGGUAAUGAUGCAGAAUUAUUCGGUGUUCCUGGAGUAUAUGGUGUUAUGGUCAGCAAUGCACAGGAAGAACUCUUGCAGUGGUUUGCAGAAAAUGCCAAAGAUAAUCCUAAUCUAAUUCAUGCAACUGAGAGAUGUGCGUCCGGGAUAAUACAAGCCAUUGGUCAUUUCAGUCUGGGGCCAAAUGUUUCUCCUAGGGAUAUUACAGAUUUUCAAAAAUGCAAACUGGACAUAUUCAAUCCCAGUUAUGAAGUAGUCAAGUUUUAUUUACUUUAUGAGCGAUGGCAGCGGGCAGAAGUUGAGAAGUCUGAGCAGUAUAUGGAAAACUUAAAGUUAAUCUUUUAUCCAGCGGGAAUUUUUGUCCAUCCCUCGGGGGUUGAGCGAUCUAUGCACCAGUUCAUAGAUGAGAUGGGAAAGUCGUAUGGAAGCAAGCGACGAAUGCAAUAUCAUAUAUGGUUGGAUCGAGUUUCCUCAGCACAGAUUGGUUCAGACACAUGGCUUGUGAAGUUUGACAAGUGGGAAUCAUCUGGGAAGGAGCGGCAUUGCUGUCUGACCAUGGUCCUGUUGAGUUCAACGCAGGGCAAAGUACCAGAUGCUUUCACUUGGUUGCAUGUACAUCAGACAUGGUUGGAUGGUUCAGAACCAAAGGGCCCAACAACCUGGUUAUUGUAGCUUUGAAGGCAGAUUGAGAGAAUUGUUCACUUACAGGAAACAGCCGAUUCUCGUGCCGAUUAUCUUCAGAUUUCUCAAUGUAAUAGAUUUGUCUUUUGAAGAUGAGACACGGUUGCAAUGUUAUUGCGUUGUAUGUGCAUUUCAAUAUAUUUAUCCUACAUGACAUUUGUGGACCUUGCGACUGUUCCUAUUCAUAAACUUUCCUUUGCUGCUUUUAAUAUAUGUAUCACCUACAAUAUUUAUUUCUCUCUCUGUUGGAGAAUGAAGAUGGCCGGAACCAAGGAAGGAAUCAUCUAUAU